AGAAUAUUAUCUGACAAAAUUUAUUAAUCCAAGCAUAUAAAUUUUUAUUUUAUUUUUGAUUAUUAUAACUUAUUUAUGGUAAGACCCACGAACUAGUAACACGCACUAGCUGUUGAGUUUCAGUGGUUAAAGUCAAAGCGGCGUUGUGGUGUGCUUCUCAAUCUCAAAAUUCAACAGAGAUUGAAAGGAUGACAAGGAAGCUAAAGGUUUAUGUAGAUCGUAUGUCCCAGCCAUCUCGAGCAGUUCUUAUCUUUUGCAGGUUUAACGGAAUCGACUUCGAGGAGAUUAAAGUAGACAUUUCCAAACGUCAGCAACUGUCUCCUGAAUUCAGAGAAGUAAACCCUCUGCAGAAAGUUCCAGCUAUUGUUCAUGGAAGCUUCAAUCUCUCCGAGAGCCAUGCAAUCCUUGUCUAUCUUGCUUCUGCUUUUCCUGGCAUUGCCGACCACUGGUAUCCAACUGAUCUUUUCAGGAGAUCCAAAAUUAACUCAGUAAUGGAUUGGCAUCACUCUAAUUUACGACAUGGAGCAAUGGGCUAUGUAGUAAAUACUGUACUAGGGCCUGCACUUGGCCUUCCAUUGAAUCAUAAAGCAGCUGCUGAAGCAGAGAAAGUUUUGUUAUCUUCUUUAUCAAAACUGGAAAAUAUUUGGCUAAAUGGAGAUGCACGCUUCCUGCUUGGUGGCUCUCAACCGUCUAUAGCAGAUCUCAGCCUGGUUUGUGAACUCAUGCAACUUGAGAUUUUGGAUGAGAAGGAUCGCAAUCGUAUUUUAUCCCCAUACAAGAAAGUUCUCCGUUGGAUUGAGGAUACAAGAACUGCAACAAAUCCUCACUUUGAAGAAAUGCAUAAUAUCCUUUAUAGAGCUAAAAAGAAAUUCCAACAGCAGCGUUCAAGGGUGGCUGAAACUGGGACUGAGCCUAGCAACAAGAUGGGGGGCCAUUCAAAGAUGUGAAAACCAUGCCUUCAUCUUUGUUGCAAGACUGGCAUAAUCAUAGCCUUUUUUCUCUACAGGCUUUGAGCCUUGGGUUUUGGCUGUGCUUUGUUAGCCUGAAUAGUUGUACGUCUUCCUAUAAAAGCACGAGUAUAGACCACCAGAUUUGAAAUGCUGAGUAAUUCACACUGUCAUGAGAAGAAGAUUUUGCCAGUGAAUAAGAUUGAGAAAUCAGAUAAGAAAUGUUGUUGUACAUGUUGUUCUAUCUUCACUCUUAACCAAAUGGCUCAAUAACUAAAUUUUGUAAUUUGUGUUAGUACUUUGUACUUGGUGGUCUAUUAUGCAUAUU